CAACUGCCGGUUCUCGGCAGUACUUUCCUCACGAUCUGACAGCGUGAGGAAAGUGCAGCCGAGAACCGGCACUUGCAUUUCCCUGUGAUCAGCGUGUCAUUGGACACCGCUGAUCACGUGAGCGAGGAUCGGCACCGAUCAUCAGGGCACUGAUGAUCAGUGCCCUGAUGAUCGGUGCCCAGCAGUGCCACCCACAAGUUCCGCCCACCUGUGCCCAGCAGAUCACCCACCUGUGCCCAGCAGAUCACCCACCUGUGCCCACCCACCUGUGCCCACCAGCGCCACCCACCUGUGCCCACCCACCAGUG